CCAAAAAUAAAAUAAAUCGAUAGUACAAUCGAUAGUUUUGCAGCUCUAUUUGUUCGUGAAAAGUGCUACAAUUUGUAAACACACUUAUAAACGCAUUUUACUUAAGUAAUUGAUUAAUAGAUAUAUGUAUAUUAAAAGUACUAUAUACGCAAGUGAACAUUGUGCGGGGAUUUAGUGCACAUAUUUUGCCGAAGUGUAUACGUAAAUAUAGUGUUAAUUGUGUGAAAUAGCGCCGAGAGGUUAGUUCAAUUUACAAACUAACAACAAAUAACUUAAAAUCUUUAAGCCUCCCGCUGCUAAAAACUAUAUAUUUGCAAUCAGGAGAGCUCCCCCUACCAUAGGCACUUUUAUGCGGAACUCCGGGGAUUCCAAACUAAAUUGCAGCCUUUACUAUGCUUUAUAGUUAAAAAUGGAGAAAACAGAAGGUUUUUACGAUCUAUGCAUACCUUAUGAGCAGGACGAAAAAAUCUUGCGAGAAAUCGUCAAAGAAGCCCUAAGACUGGGCUACAAAACCAUUGCUAUAGAUCAAUUGUAUGAUCACAGUAAACGAGAUGUUACCAAACGGACGCCGGACAUAUUUCCUGCACCUACUAUACUGAAAAAAUUGGAAGAUGAGUUUAAGAACCAAGUCAAAAUCCUAAAGAGGUUGACAAUUAUAUACGUUGAUGUUGGAAUUGCACACGCAAUGACGAAUUCCCAAAACCUCAGAAUGUACAACAUAAUUGCUGGUCAACCAAAGACUGACGGCGCUUUGACUCACUGUUGCACCAGUUUCUCUGGUGACUUGGUGACUUUCGACAUGGAAACAAGAGUCAAGUUGUUGGUGAACCGAAAGGCAUAUCAAAUGGCUGUAAAGCGGGGAAUGUUUUUUGAAAUCAAAUAUGGACCAGCUACAAAAGAUUAUUGCAUACGGAAAGAUAUGAUAAAGUUGGCACACAACUACUGUGUUCGUGGGAAAUCAAGAAAUAUUAUUUUUAGUAGCGGCGCAAAGAAUGCCUUUGAAUUGCGAGGACCCUACGAUGUGGCAAACUUGUCAUACAUAUUUGGAUUAUCAGAGGAUCAGGGGAAGAACGCCGUGGAUAAAUCGUGCAGGCAAUUAUUUCUGAGAGCUGAAUCUCGUCGUACUGGCAAAACAAUUAUGACUUUAAAGGCUUCAGGGCCUGUAGUGUUUUCCAAUAUCUCUGAAGAGGAGGAAGAGAUGCAUGAUUAUAAACAAAGAUGCUAUGAUUUUAGUACCGUAAAGGAUGAAUCUGAAAGUGAUUCACUAGAACAACCAAGCAAAAAGAAAUUAAAAUUGCUGUGAAAUUUGUAAAUUAAUUUUCCACUGAGAGGUUACAAUAAAGAAAAUUAUCAGCGGAGUGACUAUUGGCACACAA